AUGGCAGACCCAAUGUCCAUCAAGGCACCUUUUGGUGUAGUUGAUAUGGGAUCAAAUGGCAUCCGUUUUGGUAUUGUAAGCGCACUUGCACGUCAUUUACCAGUAGCCUACGAAGAAAGAGCCCCUAUUGCUUUAUUUGAUGCACAAGGCGAUGACAGAGUGAUACCCUCAGACACGAUUGACGAGGUUAUUACCAGUUUCCUGCGCUUCAAAAAGCUGUGUCAAGACGCUCAGGUCGAGAUACAAAAUGUUCGCGUUAUUGCAACAGAAGCCACCCGUAUUGCAGCAAAUUCAAAAGAGUUUCUCGACAGAAUUUAUCAAGCUACAGGAUGGACGGUAUCUUUGUUAUCUAAACAACAAGAAGCACUGAUUUCAGCCUCCGGUAUUGUAGGCUCAUUCAAUCACGUCAAUGGAUUGACCAUGGACCUAGGAGGUGGUUCUGUGGAAGUCAGCUACGUCAUGACCGCAUCGAUUCCAGACGACAAUUUGAAAAACGACACAACAACAGACGAUGGUAUCCGUGUUUCGCCACAUCCUGUUUCAAUGCCUUACGGUGCCGCGGCUUUGAAGAGAAGAUUGGCAAAAUGUGAAUCAGAAAAGGACGUACAAGCUCUGUACCAUGAAGUGGUCACUGAGCUUAAAAAGGCCUACGAUCAGGCACAACUUCCAGAUGUACUUGCCCAUAAAGACGGUUACAAGGUAUACAUGAGUGGCGGUGGAUUCAGAGCAUUAGGGUACCUGUCAAUGGCUGUCAAUGCUCAGGAAACGCUGUUCCCCAAGAGAAGCACAAACCGCAAACACAUGUAUCCUAUCCCAAUCAUCAACGGCUAUUCUGUCACUGGAAAAGAGCUCAAGGAGUUGGCAAAGCAUUACCGUCAUAAAAAUCCGCAUGAAUUGAUGAAGAAACUCAAAGUGUUCCGCGUAUCAAAAAGACGUGCAGGCAUGAUUCCAGCAUCUUGCUUCUUGGUCAGCGCCAUCUUGGAGGUAUUCAAAAUUAGACGAGUUUAUUUCAGUGAGGGAGGCGUUCGUUUAGGAUAUUGUUGGCAGCUGCUGUCUGCUGAAGAAAAACAAAAGGACCCUCUUAUCGAAGGCGUCAAGGCUUACACUGCACAAUCCGAAUUCACAUUAUCACCAAAGGAAUUCGACGCUAUUUAUGCUAUUUUGGCUAAUGCAUUACCCAAAUUAUAUCUUGAUCCACUCCAUCCACUGCAGCUUCAUCGCUUACUGCCUGCUGCUAUUCAUCUAUCAAACCUUACUUCACAUUAUCCCAAGGAAACUCGAGCAUUCGUAGCUUUCCAUAUGCCUCUCGCCGGUGGUCCUUUAGCCAAUGUGCCUGGUCUCAGUCAUCGCGAGCGUGCCAUCAUUGCUAUCUUGUUGGCCUACCGACAAGGUGGUGCAGUGCCUGAUCCCAUUUUCUAUGCUAUUCAGGCCAUGGUUGGACGAAGGGGUGUCACUGUAUGUAAAUAUGUUGGAAGAUUGAUGGAGUUGGUAUUCGCAGUAUCUCCUUUACAUCCUGGCGUGGGUCUCAUAGAGAGUGGGCUAUCGUUUACAACCAUUGUUCAUUCCAAGAGCCGUGAAAAUAGCAACGAUGAUUCCUCCAGCAGCAGUGAUAGCAGUGACAGUAGCAGUGAUGACUCUGAUUCAGAAUACGGAAAUAGUGAUGAUGAAAUUGAGAAUGAAGAUGCUACUGAUUAUCCAGCAAUGCAUCUGCGUAUCACUCUGCCUGAAAAGUACUCACCCCUCGUAGACGCACCUGCUGUUAUGUCUGUCAUUGAUAGUUUAGACAAAAAGGUGAACUCUAAAAAGUUUGAUCUGGAUGAAGAAAGACGUCCAUUGAAAUGCCCUAAUCUCUUUUCUGUCGAGAUUAUCCGUCAGUAA